GUUGUUUCACAUCUCCGAUGUAACAUAACAAUUCUCAGCAAAUAUUCCGUAGUAUACGCUUAAACCGAUUUUAUAUCAGUAAUAUAAUUAUAUUACAAUCGAACUUUUUUUUUUAUAGCUAGAAUACAUAAUCUGAUUGGGUUGAUAUGGUGAUUCGCGAGUGAGAAAUUCUAUUCAUUAUUAGAAAAUAUAGCUGAGUGCAGUUAGUAAGUCAGUACAUUCCGGAACGUCAGUCAAUGGAAUCGUCUAUAAGUCUAUGUCUAUAGUAGUGUUAGUGUGCAUUCGGGAAUUAUUGCUUCAUUCGCGUAGUAAAUUUAAAUAAAUACUUUGUUUUUGCUAUGAAAACCUGUUGUUUUUGGAAGAACUAAUAGCCGUUAACAAACUGUAUAGAUAAUGGCCAAAUGGUAUGAGAAGAAUAAAUGCAACGAUUACGUUAAACGAAGAUUGCCGGUUCUCAGUUGGCUGCCGCGAUAUCGAUCCACGUGGAUUUUGCAGGAUGCACUGGCCGGCAUCACAGUCGGCCUCACCGCCGUACCGCAGGGCAUCGCUUACGGUAUCGUUGCCGGUUUAAAUGCCGAGUACGGACUGUAUGCAGCAUUUAUGGCAUCAUUUAUAUAUGUUAUUUUUGGUUCUUGCGAAAACAUCACUAUUGGUCCAACAGCCAUUAUGGCUACCAUGGUUCAACCGUUAGUUGAAAAAUAUGGUGCUGACAUUGCUAUAUUAAUCACAUUUCUAAAAGGAUGUAUUAUUGCGCUUCUAGGAAUUUUUCAUUUAGGGUUUCUAUUGGACUUUGUAUCACUUCCGGUGAUCACUGGAUUUACUUCAGCCGCGGCGAUCAAUAUAGCAUCCUCGCAAUUUAAGUCUCUUCUCGGCAUUCCUGGUAGAACUGAGAAUUUUUUGGAUUCUCUGAUAAUGAUCUUCAAACACCUCAAUCAGAUUCGAUAUCAAGAUACUUUGCUGGGCAUUGGGACAAUCAUUUUGUUAGUUUUGCUCAAGAAUAUACCAGGACGCCGUAGAGGAACAAUUUUUCAAAAAAUAGGAUGGCUUUUUGCUUUGUCUCGCAAUGCAUUAGUCGUAAUUAUAGGCACCGCUAUGGCUUACAUUUUUUACAUCAAUAAACAAAAUCCUUUCAAUUUAACGGGUUCGAUGGGUCAGGAUUUACCACCGUUCGCUCCUCCACCAUUUUCUACAACAUUUCAAAACCGUACAUACGAUUUUUUGGAAAUGACCACCGCAAUAGGAACGACACUGUUCACGAUACCGAUCGUAUCGACUAUCGAGCACAUAGCCAUCGCAAAAGCCUUUGGGAAAGGCAAACCCCUAGAUGCCACGCAGGAAAUGAUUGCCCUAGGAAUUUGCAAUAUCUUUGGAUCAUUCGUCCGUUCAAUGCCAGUUACAGGAUCUUUCACACGAACGGCCGUCAAUCAUGCAUCGGGCGUCAAAACCCCGUUGGGAGGAAUAUUUACAGGUGGUCUGGUGUUGCUCGCGGUUAGUUUAUUGACCUCUACCUUCCGUUUUAUACCAAAGGCGACGCUAGCCGGCCUUAUCAUAUGUGCUAUGUAUUACAUGCUUGAUUUCUCGACAUACGCUUUAUUAUGGCGUGCCAGAAAGAUCGAUUUUUUUGUGAUGGUGCUGACAUUAGUCCCAUGCGUUUUUCUCGGUUUGGAGUAUGGUAUCUUAAUCGGCAUCGUUGUCAAUCUUAUAACUUUACUAUAUUAUUCAGCGCGACCUUCCAUUGAGAUGAAAAUUGAACAGAUCGAAGGGGAAACCGUAAUAAUUGUCAUACCUGAAGAGGCAGUAGCUUUUCCAGCGGCAGAACGACUGCGUGCUAACAUAAUGAGGCUUUCCGGAGAGACUGAAUGCAAUGUGAUACUUGAUUGUAAGAACCUGAAAAGGAUUGAUGUUACGGUCGCUAAGAAUGUCAAGCUUCUAGCACAGGACCUUUCAGUACGUGGACAAAGCAUUGUUUGCAAUAAUUGCUGCGAAAGUGUAGAUGCCACCCUGAAGAUCGUAGCGCCGGAACUAGUAAAUGUCAAGGAAGAUAGGGCUAACCAUGACUGAGACGGAAUCACCUAUCUAUAGACAUUACACGACUCUUACAAAUAUGGGUAUAUGACUGCGUGGGUUAGAUGUCACAUAAAGAGGCUAAUAAAUAUCAUAGUAUAAAUGCGUAGGUCAGUCAUUAAACUUUACA